AGGAGAAUGUUUGGCCCGAGUGGCCAGAUCCUCAAGUGGAGAGGGCCUGCUUUGUCGGGCCGAACCUCAGGCGUGUGCCUUUGCGCCGCGAUUCCGCGCCCAGUGCGCGAACCCGCCUGGCAUCGCAGACGGCGUGCCCAGCGGCACGCGGCCCGUGUCCUCCUCUCCCUCAGCAGGGCGAGGGCUCUUUUGGCGGGGCGCCACUCGGAGCAACGGUGCGGGCAGCAAGCGAUGGCGCGGCCGGCGGGAGCAUGGGGCUGCCCGUGCCAGAGGUAUGUGAAAGCACAUCACCAUCGUUGUAUGUGUAGUGUGCACUACGAGCAGCGCGUAGGGGGUGACCAGGCGUCGAUGUACCUGAGCGGCGACAGGGCUGGGAGGCCUGGCCCGAGGCAGCAGCAGCAGAGGGCAAAGACGCUGAGCCGAGCAAGGGCGCGGAGCGAAAGUCGUCGACGGGAGAAGCCGAAACCAGACAAGGAUGUGAAGCAGCAUGUGGCUCGUAUCGUCCCACUGGCGAGGAUGGAGGCUGUGGAGCACGACGCGUUCAAGGAGCCCCCGAGCGGAGACGUCGUGGAAUAGAACGGGUACCAGGACGAGACGAGAGCCAAGAUGCUGGAGGUGGCCCGACUGGCGAUGACGGCGAAGAGGGCCAACGAGAUGGAGGACGCCUACCGGCACGAUGUGAAGCCGCAGGUGUUGAAGUACAUGAUGGGGGCCACCAUGCCAACGGAGGUGCAGCUGCCAAAGGUUGCCAAAGAUGAGGGUCAAGAGAGACAAGGCCUGCGAGAAGCUGAAGAGCACCAGGGCGAGGAUGACGUUCCAAGAGCAGGAGGCUCUCCCUGAGAUACUGGAGGAGCUAGAUCGCCUGAAGGAGUGCACCACGGUGUUCGAAGAGCAGCGCAGGGAAGCAGAAGUGGAGGCUCAUGCGAGAGACGUGGACAUGGGCUUCGUAGCAGCAGAUGGUGGAGUUGGUGGUGUUGGCCGGCAGACGCAGCAGCAGCGGCCUCCUGCAGCUGGCAUGCAGCAGAUGCCGCAUGCUGGAGGUGCGGAGGCAGCGGCGGUGGCCCCAGACCCGAUGGCUGUCAUGAUGCACCAGAUGUUGGUGAAGAUGGAGCAGCAGGCGAUGGGGUUUCAGCAAGCUGGUGUGGCACCCCCACGGCCGCCUGGCGUGCAGCAGGCGGACCAGGCGGCGAGGGCCCCAGCGCAUGGCCCUUUCCCGCCGAUGCCACCGCAGAUGGGCGGAGCGCCGCCGACAGUGGGUGUGGCGGAGGCCCUGCAGGCGCAGCAGGAAGCUCAAGAGGCUCGUCGGUAUGCAGUGGUCCAGCGCCAAGCCGAUGCCAUACACGAAGCCCAGAGCCGCGAGGCUACCAUGGCGGAGAUGACCGAGAGAGUGCAGAGGGAGGCGAUGGCGGCAGCGGCGGCGGCGGCAAGCGCGGGGCCAGCUCCGAGGACCGAUUACAGCGUCAACGUGGGCUGCUACGACGCCAAGGGCACCGACGAAGAGUCCGAUGCAGGUGGAUGCGACCCCCCCGCCAGCGCAGAGAAUGCCAGUGGGAGGGAUGUCGGCGCCAGGCGGCCCAGGAUGCUCGCCUACGUCGCCAGCGCCCACGCAGCAUCACGUACCGCCCACGGCGGAGGAGGAGGUGCCAGUGCCGACGGAUCCGAGCCCGAUUUCGGUUACACAAGAGUGAUGCAUGGUGCAGACAGGCUGGAGGACCCGUACCUGGUCCCCCCGAAGAAGAUGAGCGUGACGGACAACGUGGACAUGUCCGAAAGCCCAGCCAGGUGCUGAGGGAUGUCAGGGAAAUGCUCUGGGGCCUCGGGAGACAUACGCUUGCUGCCGCGGAAGGAGGGCAGGGCGCUUGGGCAGGCAUCAGUUCCAGACGGUCGUGCGGGGCAGUCGUCGGGAAGAGUGUGAGCUGGGAUGCUGUGCUCGAAGACGUGGUCGAAUUCGCAUGCAGCCCCGAGGUCAGCAUCAAGGGAGACAGGGGAGCAUUACCUUUCUGCUGACAGCUGUUCUUUGGAUAGCGACUCGGAGCCCAGCUCUGAUACGCGCGAGUGUGACGCAGGGUGCGACGAUGGUUAGUAUUGUGACCACCCUCAGAUCGGCAGGCACGGCAUGCGUAUCGUGAGCGCCAGCACGCCUCUUUCGACAUGGUCAAUAACCCCGUCGGGAUCGGGUACUUUGAGGUGUGUGACUUCGGCGUCUAUUUCAGCUUGGGUAUGCAGAAGGGCUGCUGCCGCCAGGGCUUCAGUUGAUCAGUCAUUUUUUCGUCUCGGGCCCUCUUGGGCUGGACCCUUGGCUCAAUGGGCCGACCGCUUCUUUCCUGUUUCGUGGCCCGUGGGACCUAGGGCCUUGGAUCCCGAAAGUAGACCGGUGUUUUUAGAUUUUGGAGAGCCUGGCGAAGGUGCUGCCACAGCGUCCCUCAUGGACUCCCGACCCUUGUGAGACCCACUGGACCCUCCAGAAUUUCGCCAAGAGGCGGAGGCCACAGUCAGUUUGCGAGGGGAAGGCAGGCCGCGUGAGAAAGAAUUUCCGCACUCCUGUUCUAGCUCAAUGUAUGGCGAUGUCCGCCUUGCUUUGCCGCCGCAGUGUAUCCGCCACGCCUACGGUUGCGCACCGGGUCUCCACUGAGUGCGUGGACCAUGCAGGUGCUGCGAGGUGCGUCUGGCCAGCAGCAACGGCGCCUUGCAGGUUCUGAGUUCUGGCGGCGUGGACCCA